UUAACAGCUCUGCACUACAAAAGGAAAACAUCUGUGAAAAAGUGCAUUUUCUCAGGAAAUUCCCCAACUGUUUGGUAUUCUAGUCAUCACUAAGAGUAUAUAAAGUGAUUCUCUACGAGAUCUCGUAGAAUUUUGAGAGAAUCGUACGGUAAAAGUGUCGGUGUGCUGAUCUCACUUCAUUUGAAGGUUAAGGAGGUUUUUCCGCACUGCCGGCGAGAUGUUUAAGGGUUUUAUGAAAAAUAAAGUUGUCUGGGCGUAUCGUGGAGCUACUGGAGCGGCUAUUCUUACCUUUUGUGCUUACUAUGCGCCGCAUACAUUGCUCCUGAGUCGCUACAAGGACUUCAUGACAUGCUAUGAAUGUGGCAAGGAGACCAAACUGCCAGAGAAGAUAUUGGACCGCUUCGACAAGGCUUGUCGGCUUCUGCCGCUGAAAGAUCGGGAAGUGAAGCUCUUGAAGCCCUUCUGCUCAUUCGGAUUCGAUCUAUUCCAAGCCGGCACCACAAAAUCCCACUACGGAGCCCUAAUUGGAAUCCCCUUCAACUACUUCUACAGCUCAGAGCCAGAGAUCGAUCGGACCAAUGUGAAAUUGCAGACGAAAUCCGUGAAUUGGAACUCAGAGGAUGGAAAAUUGCUGGCGGAAUCGCUAAUCCUGAAGGAAGAUGAGCAGAUCUAUGGCAUGGCGCACUCGAUUCUCAUGACGUCCAGUCACCAAAAGCUGCUGAACGCCUCCUAUGCCUCGGGAUCAAUUCUGGGCGUGUACGCUUUGGGCUACUUUAUCAAUCGCAAGCUGCAAACGCUGACGAGACCGUUCAUCUUCCGCGGCGUGAUCUACUGCCUGGUGUCCUUCUUCGGCUUUGGUAUGUGGGCAUUCAUCAAGGACUCCACGAAUGUGUACUACGAGGGCGCCGCAGACGAAGCCCUGGGCAGCCUCGGUCCAGAAGUCGCGGACGCCGGCGCGCGCUUCUACGGGAAGCUGAUGAACAAGAACAAGGCUCUGCGCGGAAUCACACAGAAGAACUACUACACGAACGAGGGCGAUAUUUGGUACGUCGUGAGGACCAAGAGCUUCCCUUUCACGAUCCGAAAAGCCAUGUUAGAGCAGAAACUAAAGGAAUUCCAGCAGCCGAAGGAGGAAAUUGCACAGUAGAAGGUAAAGAAAUUAUUGU